AAGAAUAGGAAGCAUCAUCACAUAUGUUUUACAUCAACAAAUACAUAAUUUCAGCUGCGUCAGCCAUUGAGUCCAUUAAUCUGCAAAUGACAGCAUUCGACUACGAGAAAAACUGAUUCAAAGAAUUAUUUCUGUUAAGCAGUUUGAAAGAGAGAUAUCAGGAAAUGGCAGAUAUCAAGGCUUUAGAGCAUCCAACCCUUAAGGUGCCUUAUGAGAUCUUAAAUAAGAAAUUCAGAGCUGCCCAGAAACAACUCGACAGAGAAGUGUCUCACGUUCAAUCUGCUGCUGUUGAGGUUGAUAAAGGUCUCUCGGUGGAUAACUGUGCACCACAUGACAUCGGAAAGCUUCUUGGCGGAAUGGUCGAGAAGCUUCAAGUACUCAAAAGAAAAGCGGAAGAAAGUAUUUGUGAAGAACUUCAAGCUGGUUAUGUCUGUAAAAGGCGUCUUGAGCAUUUGAAAGAGCAUACGACUGGAUCUCAGUGGUGCCGUAAACGUCUUGACCGUAUGUUAGUCGAGUAUUUUCUCCGUAAGGGUUAUUAUAGCGCUGCUUCAAGCCUAGCUCGUGCUUCCGAUCUGCAGGAUCUCACUAACAUCGAUGUGUUUCUUGUAUCGAGAGAAGUUGAGAAGUCUCUUAUGAACAGAGAGACCUCGAAAUGUCUCGCUUGGUGCCAUGAUAACAGGUCAAAGCUGAGAAAGCUCCAUUCGACAAUGGAAUUCAAUCUCAGGGUGCAAGAGUUUGUAGAAUUGAUCAAGGCUGAUCGGCGACUUGACGCUGUAAAACAUGCCAGAAAAUAUUUUUGCUCGUAUGAAGAAGACCAACUUGUGGCAAUACAACACUGUAUGGCCCUCCUUGCUUUUCCUGUCACUACAGAGUUGUCGCCAUACAAGGAGCUUUUGGAUGAUGAUCGUUGGGUAAGUUUAGUGGAGCAGUUCAGGCAGGAGAACUACAAACUCUUUCAGCUUGCUUCACAAAGUGUAUUCACAGUUGCUCUUCAAGCAGGACUAUCUGCACUUAAAACACCUCAGUGCUACGGCAGUUCCGAGACGCGGAACAAGUGCUGCCCAGUCUGUCAGGAUUGGUUGAACGUUCUCGCUGAACCUUUGCCUUUCGCCCACUGUUCACACUCCCGUUUAAUCUGUCACAUAUCGGGUCUGCCUCUGGACGAACACAAUCAGCCCAUGGCUCUGCCCAAUAGCCGUGUCUACGGGCAACAGUCGCUGUUACAAAUGGCGUCAGAAAACAAUGGUCAGAUCAUCUGCCCAAGGACUCAAGACGUGUUUUCUUACCAGAAAGCAGAAAAAGUUUAUGUCAUGUAAUAAUCAUAUUGAAAAUUUAACAGUUAAAAUUAUAGAAGUAUAUGACUUUUUCAUGAAAAUGAAACAUUCUAUUGAUUUUUAUAUAAGCAAAGAUUAAUAAAGUUUAAUCUGUUCAAUGAUUGCUUUAAUAUUUAUACCUAUAGAGUUUUUAUAAUAAAAUAUUGUUUCUAAAAUGUAUGUAGGAUCAUAAUUAAACCAUAAAAGUUCCGUAACAACAAUAAAUAUAAUUAAUCCACCUUUAAUGAGAGAAUUCUCAUAUAUUUAUUAUCAAUUAACAAAAUAUUUUCACAGACAAUCCAGCUUUGCUUCUUGUAAAAUAAAUUGUUUUAUAUACAUCAAAUAUACAUCUUUAAAAAUAAGUAAACAAUGAAGAAGUUACAAAAUAGUUUAUACUGUUAAAUUGAUAGUGUUGCUGAUACUUUAGACAAAGAAAUGUAAAAUAUUUUUAAUCCUACAUUUGUAUUUAACUUCCUGCUUGUAAGGUGUGAGUUUAUUACUACUAUUAUUUUUAUAUAAGGGAGUGAUUAAAAAUAAUAAUAAGGGAGUGAUUAAUUAAUAAAAAAUAUUAAAAAAAUGUUUUCUAUGAUACCAAUUGGUAAAUUAAACAUCAGAACUGCUAUUUAUUAAUUAAAUAUUGAAUUCUUUAGUAACAAAUUGUGAAUUAUUAUGAUGAACAUUGGAUAGUCUUAAGGACUAACAAAUUCAGAAUUAUGCAAUCUUCUUCUAUGUUGGUUUAAAUAAAAACCUUUUACAUCAA